UUUCGUUGUCGUGCACAGCGUCCAACUUGACACUCCUCCCGGGUACCGUCGCUCCCAUCUCGGCGGGAGGAGAUGUCGCUGUGGAUGUAGAGCUGGGUGCCAAGUAACCUAACCGGACAGGAACCGCGGACAGCCGGCUGUUACUACCCUACCGACCUUGACUGAGGCGGGCGGGCCUCGGUGCUCCUUUCCCUCCCCGUCCUCGGUGGACCAUGACACGGGUUCCUCUGUGGUCUCGCUGAAGAACCUGGGCUGGGGGUUCGAGGUCUUCCCCGAGGUCUCCCCGAGCCAAACACUAGACCAGCCUCAAGAUGAUGUGCGAGGUCAUGCCCACCAUCUCAGAGGACGGGCGAGGCGGAGCUGGCGGCGGCUCUUCCUCGCCGGCGGGAACUGGCAGCGGCCACAGUGGAGGUAUUGGAAGUGGCAUGGGGGGCUACAGUAGCCGGGACCCCCGCAGCAGUGGUGGUGGUGGAGACGAAGGGGGCAGCACGGGCAACCUGGAGUCUUUGAUGGUCAACAUGUUGACGGAGCGAGAGAGGCUGCUUGAGAGUCUGAGGGAGACGCAGGACAGCCUAGGAACGGCCCACCUCCGACUGCGAGAGCUGGGACAUGAGAAGGAGUCGCUACAGAGGCAGCUGUCCAUCGCACUGCCACAGGAGUUUGCGGUGCUGACCAAAGAGCUGAACCUGUGCCGGGAGCAGCUGCUGGAACGAGAGGAGGAGAUCGCAGAGCUCAAGGCAGAGCGCAACAACACACGGCUGCUGCUGGAGCACCUGGAAUGUUUGGUGUCGCGACACGAGCGCAGCCUGAGGAUGACGGUGGUGAAGCGUCAGGCGCAGUCUCCCGCGGGGGUCUCUAGUGAGGUGGAGGUCCUUAAGGCCCUCAAGUCCCUGUUCGAGCACCACAAGGCCCUGGACGAGAAGGUCCGUGAGCGGCUGCGCGUGGCCCUGGAGCGAGUGGCGGCACUGGAGGAAGAGCUGCAGUCGUCCUCGCAGGAAGUGGUCUCUCUACGCGAGCAAAUCAAACGGCGGCAGCAGGGACUCGACAAAGAGCGGCUUCCCAACGGGCCGUCGUCCAUAUUAGAUGACGGCGAAGUGGACCGCCAGCGCGAAGGCGAGAUCGAACGACAGCGAUCCGAGUUGGGACAGCUCAAGGAGAGGCUGGCGCUCAUGUGCAGACAGGUUGGCGAGAUCGAGGAGCAACUGACGUCCGCCAGGAGAGAACUGACGCGAUCCGAGGAAGCCAACCACAAGCUGCAGCGAGACGUCAAGGAGGCUCUGUGUCAGAGGGAAGACAUGGAGGAGAGAAUCACCACACUGGAGCGCAGGUACCUGAGCGCCCAGCGCGAGGCGACGUCUCUCCACGACAUCAAAGACAAGCUGGAGAACGAGCUGGCGAGUAAAGAGUCUCUGCACAGACAGAGCGAGGAGAAGAACCGUCAGCUUCAGGAGCGCCUGGACGACGCCAAGCAGAAGCUGCAGCAAACCCUGCAGAGGGCCGAGACGUUGCCCGAGAUUGAAGCACAGCUGGCGCAGAGGGUGGCCGCCCUCAACAAGGCUGAAGAGCGCCACGGCAACUUUGAGGAGCGACUCCGCCAGAUGGAGGCGCAACUGGAGGAGAAGAACCAGGAGCUACAGAGGGCCAGGCAGCGUGAGAGGAUGAACGACGAACACAACAAGCGUCUCUCGGAUACCGUGGACAAGCUGCUGUCCGAGUCCAACGAGAGGCUGCAGCUGCACCUCAAGGAGAGGAUGGCGGCGCUGGAGGAGAAGAAUGCUCUCUCUGAGGAGCUGUCCAACAUGAAGAAGAUUCAGGAUGACCUUCUGACAAACAAGGACCAGCUCAUUGCUGAGCUGGAGCGCCUUCAGCUUGAACUGGAUCAACUGAAAGCCAGGCCCGGAGGCUCAUAUUCCAGUCGGUCUCUACCCGGCAGCGCUCUGGAGCUGAGGUACUCCCACGGGGGCGGCUCCCUCCCAAUGGGCUCCACCACUCACCUGGACACCUUCGGGAACGCCUCCCUGGGCGGCAGGCGAAGCCACCGGUCACGGUGGAGCUCGGCCAGGGAGGACUCCACCAAGUAUACAGACUGGGGGACGGGGGCGCUGCUGGGGUCCGGCUACGAGCACGGUGUGGACGUGGGCUGCUCAGACGACGAGGAUGACGGAGACCAUCGCUUCGGGUCCGAGCUGCUGUCUCCCAGCGGGCAAACGGAUGUACAGACGCUGGCCAUCAUGCUGCAGGAACAGCUGGAGGCCAUCAAUAAGGAGAUUAAGUUGAUCCAGGAGGAGAAGGAGAACACAGAGCUGCGCGCAGAGGAGAUUGAGAGCCGCGUGAGCAGCGUGGCCCUGGACAGCCCGCCCAUCCCGCCCUCCUCGCUGGGAAGGGACGGCGCGGGGCGAGGCUUCAUCCCGUCCUCAAUCACCUCCUCCACCCUGGCCUCCCCGUCACCACCCAGCUCGGGGCACUCCACCCCUCGCCUGCCCCACUCGCCGGCCCGUGAGAAUGACAGACAGACCGGCAAAGACGACGAGCGCUCCCUAGCCCUACUCGACUCCACGCCACCGCCCACGCCGCGAGCUCUGCGCCUGGACAGGAUGACCCUCACUCACCCGGGGGCCCUGCUGGACGACCCCCGCGAGUUCCGCAGCCUGUCAGCAGACGGCAGCAGCUCCAACAGCAGCCAGGACUCCCUGCACAAGUCCAGCAAGAAGAAGAGCAUCAAGUCUUCCAUCGGACGACUCUUUGGGAAGAAGGAGAAAGGCAGGUUGGGACAGCCUGGACGGGACGGCUCGGCCUCGCUUGCGUCAACGCCCUCUGAAGAUCUGGCCUCUGGAGACCCCAUGGGCAUGAACAAGACCGGGACUUUGGGUCCGGCGGACAAAGACCGGCGCAGCAAGAAGAAGCACGAGCUGUUAGAAGAAGCAUGUCGCCAAGGUUUGCCCUUUGCAUCCUGGGAUGGUCCUACUGUGGUGUCAUGGCUGGAGUUGUGGGUGGGCAUGCCCGCCUGGUACGUGGCGGCCUGCCGGGCCAACGUCAAGAGCGGCGCCAUCAUGGCCAACCUGUCGGACACGGAGAUCCAGCGUGAGAUCGGCAUCAGUAACCCUCUGCACCGCCUCAAGCUCCGGCUCGCCAUCCAGGAGAUGGUGUCCCUCACCAGCCCCUCGGCCCCGGCCAGCACUCGCUCGUCGACCAGCAAUGUUUGGAUGACCCAUGCCGAGAUGGAGUCCUUGAACGCUGCAACCAAGCCGCCGGAGCUGAAGGAGUUCAGCUGGGAUCAGAUUCUGGCGUACGGCGACAUGAAUCACGAGUGGGUGGGCAACGACUGGCUGCCCAGCCUGGGCCUGCCGCAGUACCGCAGCUACUUCAUGGAGUCGCUGGUGGACGCCCGCAUGCUGGACCACCUCACUAAGAAGGAGCUGAGAGGACAGCUCAAGAUGGUGGACAGCUUCCACAGGGUGAGUUUGCAUUACGGCAUCAUGUGCCUCAAGCGCCUCAACUAUGACCGCAAGGAGCUGGAGAGGCGGCGGGAGGAGAGCGCACACCACAACAAAGACGUGAUGGUGUGGUCCAAUGAGCGCGUGAUGUGCUGGGUGCAGACGGUGGGCCUGAAGGAGUACGCCGACAACCUUCGCGAGAGCGGCGUCCACGGCGCCCUGCUGGCCCUCGACGACACCUUCGACUACACCGACCUGGCGCUGCUGCUGCAGAUACCGAAUCAGAACACGCAGGCUCGCCAGCUCCUUGAGCAGGAGUACAACUCGCUCAUCACCAUGGGAACCGAGAGGCGGCCCGAUGAGGACGGCACCAAGACGUUCACGCGCUCUCCUUCCUGGCGCAAGAUGUUCCGCGAGAAGGACCUGCGGGGCGUUACGUCGGACUCGGCUGAGACCCUGCCUGCUAACUUCCGUGCCUCCGCCAUCGCCACGCCGUCCGUUACCCUCAGGAAGGUCCAGAGCGACGCCAGCUCCGGUGCCCGGGGUGAAUCCGCCUCCGUGAGGACGUACUCGUGUUGAGGGAGCAGCUGAGGGGGCACCGAUUACACUGGGACUCUCCGACUCACUGAAGAAUGACUCUAAAGAAGAAGAAAGCGCCCCCGCCCCACAACACACACACACACACACUACACUCAACUUCUGGCUAGUUGUGCUCCGAGCAUUCUGCAAUAACACGAACAGGACGAAGGUGACCUGAUGAUUUGUUAAUUUUUUUUUCAGCGCAGGAAGUCCAAGUCCUCUCUCUGUGGCCCCUCUUUUACGACGCCAUUGUUGCCGUCAAGGGGGGGGGGGGGGGCGGCGUCUGAGUGUCCCCGAUUCAUGUGGGAAGUAAAACAUUUUGAGCGCCGGGCGGCAGACCACAUCACAGCCAUGCCGCUCUUCUUCGUCUUUUUGUCUCGAGCACCUUGAAAGCCGAUCCGAAGUCCUUUGAAUGCAUCCCAUAAUGAUAUACUUGAAAGGCUCCGAGGAGGAGGGGGCCAGUCACACAGGCAUCAGGUUCGACUGUUUCCUGACUCUUACGCAGAGAGCCCAGAAGUAGAGCCUGUCUCAGGGUUCUGUGUGAAAGGCACUGAAGGCAACUCGACAAUUUCACACCAGUGGAGGUAGUAUCAAACGCAUAACAGAGGCAGGGUGUCAUCUAUGGAAAAAGGUAUCGCGGGAAGCCGGAACGGAGAUGUGAAAACUGACACAACAGAAGUAGAAUCAGCAUUUGGCUACAUGUGGCUUUCACACAGAACCCAGCGUUGUGGAAUACUGAAGUUUCACACUUGACAGAAACAAAAAAAGCCCACUUUGAAAGGAAGUAGCAAAGUCAAAGUCGGUUUGGAAGGUACCAAAGGCGACCCGAAAAUGUACCCAUCUUCCGAGGUAUCGGAGGUGGGAUGCGGAUGCGUUUAUGUGAAAGGGAAUAAAGCUGGAGAGGGGGUGUGAAGUAUAACACCCGACACGCACUGCUCUGACAAGUACAGUGGGGCAAAAAAGUAUUUAGUCAGCCACCGAUUGUGCAAGUUCUCCCACUUAAAAAGUUGAGAGAGGCCUGGAAUUUUCAUCUUGGGUGUACCUCACCUAUGAGAGACAAAAUAAGAAAAAAAAUCCAGAAAAUCACAUUGCCUGAUUUUUAAAGAAUUUAUUUGCAAAUUAUGGUGGAAAAUAAGUAUUUGGUCACCUACAAACAAGCAAGAUUUCGGGCUCUCACAGACCUGUAACUUCUUCUUUUAGAGGCUCCUCUGUCCUCCACUUGUUACCUGUAUUAAUGGCACCUGUUUGAACUUGUUAUCAGUAUAAAAGACACCUGUCCACAACCUCUAACAGUUCACACUCCAAACUCCACGAUGGCCAAGACCAAAGAGCUGUCAAAGGACACCAGAAACAAACUUGUAGACCUGCACCAGGCUGGGAAGACUGAAUCUGCCAUAGGUAAGCAGCUUUGUGUAAAGAAAUAAACUGUGGGAGCAAUUAUUAGGAAAUGGAAGACAGACAAGACCACUGAUAAUCUUCCUCGAUCUGGGGCUCCACGCAAGAUCUCACCCCGUGAGGUCAAAAUGAUCACAAGAACAGUGAGCAAAAAUCCCAGAACCACAUGGGGGGGGCCUAAUGAAUGACCUGCAGAGAGCUGGGACCAAAGGAACAAAGGCUACCAUCAGUAACACACGACGCCGCCAGGGACUCAAAUCCCGCAGUUCCAGACGUGGCCCCCUGCUUAAGCCAGUACAUGUCCAGGCCCGUCUGAAGUUUGCUGGAGAGCAUUUGGAUGUUCCAGAAGAGGACUGGGAGAAUGUCAUAUGGGCAGAUGAAACCAAAAUAGAACUUUUUGUUAAAAACUCAACUUGUGGUUGGAGGAGGAAGAAUGCUGAGUUGCACCCAAAGAACACCAGACCUACUGUGAAGCACGGGGGGAGGAAACAUCAUGCUUUGGGGCAAUUUUUCUGUAAAGGGACCAGGACGACUGAUCUGUGGAAAGGAAAGGAAAGAUCUGCAUGGAGGAAUGGGCCAAAAUACCAGCAACAGUGUGUGAAAACCUUGGGAAGACUUACAGAAAACCUUUGACCUCUGUCAUUCAUUGCCAACAAAAGGUAUAUAACAAAGUAUUGAGAUGAACUUUUGUUAUUGACCAAAUACUUAUAUUCCACCAUAAUUGGCUAAUAAACUCCAUGAGUGAACUCCUCUUUCACACCGGUAUCUCGCAAAAUGUACACGUUAAAAAUGUAUGAGUAGGUCCGUCCGUGCCGCGCACGCAGAACCGGAUCAGACAUCGCGAUUUGUCGGUUUCUGACGACUGAUUUAUAUAUAAUAAAUAUUAUUUAUUUAUUAUAUUUCGUAAAAAUAAAAGGUGUUUUGGGACUUUUGGGAAGUUGUUGAAAGCGGACUCCUCCAUUGGGAUCUUUGGCGGAGCAUGACGGUGAAAGAUGAAUGACGGGAGGGGCCACAUCAAGACAAAGCAGAUUCAAAGACAAUGGGACAGACAGUAGCCGCUCAUUUUACACACGCACGCCAUAACAAAAUUCUCUGGAAGGGGGGGGGGGGUGAGUGAAGGGGUGAGUCGGAACCCCAGGAAACGAAACCUUUAGCCUCCUUGUUUACGAUGCAUGUCUUAAAAAAAAAAUAAAAAAAAAAAACGACAAGGAAAAAAAGAAGACGAGAUAUUUUUUAGUUUUUUUUCCCUUAAUGGUGAAGAUAACAAGGCGUGGUUCCAAAAUGAAAACUGACAAAAAAGGUUUGGGGGGGGGGGUUCAAUUUGUAAAAUGUGUUGAGAUUUUUUUCAGUUGUAUUUUUUAUUUUUUACAAUGACUAUUUUUCUUUAAGGUAUGUAUUGGAUAAAUGUAUGUACGUGUAAGUCCUUGUUCCCGCUCUCUCUAUCUCUCUCUCUUUCUCUCUCUCUCUCUCUCUCUCAUUAAGACCCAUUCAGUUUGGAGCUAGACCUAAUGGUCGCCAGUCCAAACACAAGGCGACCGUUCCACUCACUAGCGCUGCUGAUCCGUGUCCAUUCUGACGACAGGUCGCGCAAUGAUGGCAGAUUUCCGUGAUUAAAGUGACUGUAAUACAAAACUGAAGAUAUCCUAUAUGGAAAAUGAACAAAUAUGAUAAAAGUGGUGAUGUUAAAAAAA